AUGGAGUGUCUGGAGGGAUCUCGCUCCUCGUCCGUGUCCCGUGUUCGCCCUACCGGCCCUUCUAGUCAUCCCGGGGUUGCGACGGAAGGUGAGGAGCGCGGCGCGGGGGCGGGCGUGCCCUCACCCCUCAAGCGACACUCCAUCGCUGACAUCCCGUCUGCGGCGUGCGGCGUGCUGCGCGGCGUGUGGGAGGCGCAAAAGGAGCGGCGGGGCCGGUCCGUGAGUCACGACAGGCGAAGACGUAGCAGGGACUUGAAGGAGGGAGAAGAGGAGGAGAGGAAGGACGGUCAAAGAAUGGAGGGGAGGAAGGCGAGAAGGGAGCGGAGGAAGGAGGAGCCCAUCUAUGAGAAAGUGGGAGGCGAGUCCAGCCCCUCCACCGCCGCCAACUCAGGCUCCAGCCUCGCCUCUAAGAACAGCAGGACAUCUUACGACAACGUGAUUUACAUGUCUAUGAAAGACCUGAGGGCGCAGUGCGCUCCGGAGGGCGAGGAAGGGGAGCGGUCUGGCGGGGCAGGGUUCUCCUCCCCGCCUCUACCUGCCAUCUGCCACGGGGCCUGCCUCACGCCCCCCAAGGACCCACUCUACGAAAACCUCCUAUACUUGCCCAUGACGGAGGUGCGCGCCAGCGGCAAGAAGCUCCUGGAUCGGCAGCGCCCCCUGCCGGAGCCGCCACUCAGCGAGGAGCAGGACGACACGUGCUCCUUCACCUCCGAGCCUCAGCGGGAUCUGCACCGGCCAGUUGCCUUGAGGUUCCUGGGCAGUCCGCACUGCCCCGCGCUCCACCUGGCGGACCAGCCGUCCAAGAAGCCUUGCGUCACCGACUCUCAGGCCGGACCGUCGCACAGGACAGCUCCCGAGGGCUCGGCUGCCCACCGCAGUACUGGCCAGCACGUGCACAUAGACUACUCUGAGACGUCGCGUGAGCCGACCAUGCCCCUCCACCACCUGCGUCCACCACCACCGCCGCCUCCCAGGGGAACACGCGUUGGCCAGGGCACAAGGAAGAAUCGGAUCAAGAUGCCGAGCUGGCAGCGACCAGAAGCCGUGCUGCCGGUGAUCUACGAGAACACCCGCCGUGAGGAGACAUCUCGCGCCGCCAAGAAGCGAAAACUGCGCCACCUCAUGGAAAUUGAGUUCAGCAUCGACGAUGAGGACGACGAGAGACCAGGAUGCGGCACCUCCGAAAUGAGCCCGCGAGGCGGUAGUCAGUCCAGCAGCGACAUUCCUGACAGCGGCGUGUCGGAGGGCCUCACCACGCCCCUCAUCAGUCCCCUCAGCGCGCCACGCAGCCCCCAGUCCCCUCGCAGCGACAGCCUCCUUGGUGAGCCCAGCACACCCUUGAGCCUGGACCAGCUGGAGGGCAAAACAGGGCCGGGGGAGAACACCACGUCCGGCAUGCCUCGCCCCCGCCUCCCGCAUGACGUUACGGAUCCAGGUUUUUUAGAGUGCGAGCGGGGCGGUAACCUGUCGGAAGAGAUGCAGGAGGAGGCGCUUUCAUCGUGGCGGUGUAGUGGCAGUGGCUUGAUUGACGCCUCACCCAUUUGCCGCGGGGAGGUGAGCAGAAUGCUGCUGAGUGCCGUUGGCCGCAAUCUGUUCUGUGAUUCUCCCGCCGAGGGCUCCCCGGCACGAGACAGCUCGCUGGGCCGCCGCCACUCCCUGGGCAGCUUGGCGGAUCUCUCGCGAAAGCUCUCCUCCCUCGGCCUCGGGGACAACACCACACAAGGCAAGGAAACACCCGUUUCCCUGGAGGCACCUCUCAAGAAGGCCCACUCUGUGAUGUGCCUCAGUCCGAUCUCUCCGGUGAGAUGUCCAGCGCCCAGCACCAGCAGCGUGCCCCUCAUGGCCGCCGUGGCUCAGAUCUUGAAGGAACCCGAAGCACGCGGGUCCCCGCCAUGCCGCCGCUGGCUCCCCGCGGAUGGACAAACGGCCCAGAACACAAGUGUACAAUCAGGACAAUGGUGGGCUGGGGGGGCGGGGGAGGUGGGUGAGGAGCGGUGCGCCACAAAAGGGUCAGGUAGUGCAGGUGGGCAGGCUGCUCGCCCCUCACUCAGCUGCCAGCCCUCGCCCCGCUAUCACCACCCGUCCUGCCCACUCAGCCCCUCCCAGUCUCGCCCCGCCCUCCAGACCAUCUCUAGUAACCCGACACUGCCACUUCCGGUGGAGAUGAGCAGCGGGCAGCCUCUAGCCGCGGGGCACGCGGGUGCCGGGCUCUCAGUGCCUGUCGGGCUGCGCCCCGAGAAGGAAGCUGUGCUCGCGACUCAGGACGUGAGUGAGUGUGACAGUGGUUGUAGCGGCGACCUCACCCCGCGGUGGGAUCAGAGCAGCGCACGGCAGCGACGCCGGCGGGAGGAGAGUCGUUACCGUCUGCAGCGCAUGUUGGAGGAGUGUCCGUGUUCCUUGAGCCCCGGCGAGGCAGAGGAGUCUGUGAGUGCUGACUGGUCUAUGGAGGCAGUGCCGGACGAGAUCUUGACCCGUGAUACGUGUGACCUUGAGGCCGAAGGCAGCGACGCCGUCCCCUCGCCAUCCUCCUUUCCUUCCCCCCCGUCCCCCGACGCCGUCAGUCUUUGCACCAUCGACAGCGACUACGGCGACGGCAUCUACGUGAGUCCUCGCCUCGUGGAGCAGCUACGCCGCCUGACAGAGGCCAAAAUGCUGGCCAGGCUCAGAAAGUCCUUCCGUGGCAAGAAGGAGAAGCGGCCUUCCGAGAAUGUGCCCACCAAGACUUCGAGCGCCCCCAAGGUGGGUAUCUUCAUGUUCGUGGACAAUCCCAUGUAUCUCAGCCCCGAAGUGAAGAAGGAGGCGCGGGUGGUGAGCGCCCACGCUUCAGACAAGUCCAAGAGUGCCUGGUAUGUAGGCAACCCCAUGUAUACCUCCCCUGAGUCUCACUGCCGGGACAGCGUUCCCGAGGAGCGGCAGCGAGCCCUCUGUGAGAAGGAAAACCUCCGCAACGCGCGCCUGGCGAAUGUGGUGCGUCAGAACCCAACCAGCAGGAAGCCGCUGUCCAACCUGUGGCUGCAGAGCAACCCGUGCUACGAGUCUCCCGAGGCCAAGGCCUCCACGGCCGAAGACGACACUUAUCUCAUGCCCAUUGCAGUGCGGCGCCCCGACACCCUGGCAGAUGACCCAAACAUCCUGGACGUGCAGAAGUUCCUGGACCACGAGUACUGCACCAUUCCCGGCGACGACUCCGACUCGUGGGUGACUCACUCCUCGGGGUCCCGGGACAGUGACUCGCCCACUGCCCGAAGGUCUCUGGCAUUCGGAGCGCCUCGCCGCGACCCCACCACUCCCUCCAGGAUAUGGCGGGAGACAGGAAAGAACCAACACUCGACGCCCCGCAAGCCCCAGGGUAGCCUGGAGAAGGGCACCACGCUGGGGACGCGCCAGCACCGAACCCCGAGGGCCGUCAAGCGUGGCCGUCGCAGCGUGAGUCAGGAGGAGCCGAGAGGCGCGUCCCCACCGCCUCUCCCAGUACGUCCUCACCCACCUCUCCAACCCACCGCUCAUGACACCUCCCUACCUGCCAACACCUUCGAGGACACCAGUGACUUCCACCACCAUCGCCCCGCUCACCCUCGCGAGGAGGCUGCACACUUCCAGCUGCCUCCUGACGGCAUCUACGAGAGUGUGAGUCGUGGCGGCAGGCAGAGGGUCACCAGGUCCUAUUCCGACGUGUCUUCCAUCACCACCAGCACCUACCGUCCCCCCAGGCGCACCUCGGCCUCCUCUCCGUCCCCCAGCAGGGUCCGCGCCUACACGUGUUCUUCUGGGUCAAAAAACGGGGCGAGCGGCUCCCUAUGCGAGGGGAGCCAGAAGGGCAGAGCCAGGCGGAGGGUGGGAAGGAAGUACCGUGCAGGGGAGGUACUGCAGGGCAAGGGUCAACUGAAGCUUGCUGUGUACGAAAACUAUGGACUUCUUACCAUACAUAUUAUGGAGGCGCGCAAGUUAAGGUCACGUCUUUCUAGCGUGUGUAACCCCUAUGUGAAGAUCUCGCUAGUACCGGAUUCCCAGGAGCGCACCUUCUGCCGAACGCCUUUGCUUCGAGCCACCAACACGCCCCACUUCGACCAGAAAUUCUCCUUCGACUUCUUACCGGAGGACCUGGACAAGAGGCUCCUCGUGUCUGUGUGGAGCAGAGACACGCUGAGAAAGAGGAGUGAGUUCCUGGGGUGCAUGUCCUUCAACGUGGCGCACAUCUGCACUAAGCGGGUGCACGGGUGGUUCCGACUUCUGACGGAGACUCUUGGAAGGAGGAAACACUUCGCAGUAUCCUUCCUCAACACCUCGCAAGACUCCUCCGCCUCCUCCAAAGCCAAGAUGGAAGAGGUGAUUGUUCUCAGUGACGACCCCGCGCCUGCCAGAGACACAGCCCCCACAGCAGUAACAUCUGGCGCCUCGCAGCCCCAGAAACCUCCAGGCCAGACGCCCUAUACCAUCACUGUGCUGCUGACGCGGGGCAACGAAGGUUUCGGGUUUAGUGUGGCCUGGACCAAGCCGCCCCGCGUGGAGAGAGUCGAGGCAGGCUUCCCGGCAGAACGAGCUGGACUGCGGGCUGGAGACUACAUCAUCUUCGUGAGUCACUACAACGUGGUGAAGAGCAGCGAAGAUGACGUGCUGCAGAUGAUAAGAGAGUGCGGGGACGUCCUACCUUUGGAAGUGUAUCGCAGAGGAGUGUCCAAGCAUCCUAGGGGACUUGUGAACGGUUACACCCCUUCCGCAGCUCUCCUUCCGCCCCCCAUUAACGACAACGAUAGCCAUCCUCGCAAGAAACUCAGUCACAUCUCCUUCACUUCAGAGAACGCCGCUGAGGACCGCCAGACGCUUGUGUUCUCCGUCAUCAACAGCGAACAAGCUUUUAGUAACACGUGUCGCUUCGGAGUGGAACGCUAUCUGAUUCCCCUUACCUUCCGCGGGGACUUGAUCACCACCACGCAACACCAGCAGCUCUUCAACAACAUGGACCAGCUGAUGGACCUGUCGGAGACCCUGGUGGACCGCCUCAUGGGGAACACUGACGACACAAUAGGGGACCGUGUGGGGAUGGCGUAUUAUCAGCUGGUGGAGGAGUUGGUGCAGCAAUACACACAGUACCUGGCCGGUCUUCCCGAGGCUGACCAGGUGCUGGCCCUCAAGCUGCAGGAACAAGACUUCAACGAGUUUCUGCAUGAGCCGCCUGUGCCGAGGAAGAAGCCAGACAUCACCGCCUUCAUUCACAAACCCGCCGAGCACCUGCGUGAGAUCCUGGGCCUCCUGACGCAGGUGUACACUACGUCAGCAGGUCACCCCGACAACGCUCACCUGGACGCUGUGCUUGACCGCCUUAAGACAUGCUACCGGGGCGUCACCAGCCAGCAGAACAUCAUGGAGCCGUCACCCCCCGCCCACAUGCCGCCCCCGACCGCUCUUCAAACACCACCACCCACUACCAAAGCUAGGCCCGCCCCCCUCCUUCGCCCCCCACUCAUCUCUGUGGCGGACAUUGAACAGAGGCUCGUGUUCACCAAGUUUACGCAGCCUUUCCGCCUCAACGAUGGCAAGAGGCAGUGGGUGUUUGGCGGAGAGCUCUACAAGUUUGAGGGGCGCCACCUGAAGCAGUACUGGGCGAUGCUCUUCACUGACCUGCUUCUCUUCACCAAGAUCAACAGGGACCGUGUUAUCUUCGUCAUGGAGGACCCCGUGCCCCUCGCCUCCGUGUGCCAGGCGAUUUUCAAUGUGAAGAAGAAAGCCACAGAGUUCCGCCUCAUAGUGGACAUAGGAGUGAAAGUGCCGGGCUCCGAAGCAGGGUACCUCUCCUCUCCCGCCGGCUCGCGACGCCGCCGUGGCUCCACCACCUCCAACUCCUCCUCGGGCCGCGCCAACAAGAGGACACUGGUCAUCCGCGCCCCCACCAUUGACCUGAAGGCGACAUGGAACAACCUCAUCAACCGCCAGCUGUACGAAUGUCAGCUGGGCGCCUCCUCCCCUCUCUCUGACUACGGGACCAGUCUGGCUCGAGCCGCCUCCACGGACGGGGUCCCUGCAAUCUCUCCGGCCUCUAGUCGGUUCAGCAGCUCCGUCGGGGACCUGCGUCGCGGCGGCGGCCAGGAAGAAGGCGCGCUGGUGGUGGACCUUGGGCAGGGGCUGGCCAGAGGGCCGCCUGCCGCCUCGUCCUCGUCUACAUCGUGCUUCAAGUCUCGUAAACUUCAUAUCCGUCACGGGGAGGUGGAGGAAGAAUUGGAGUUGGGCGACGAGGAUGAUGAGCCCCCAGCCCCUCUCCGCCCCUCCAGUGCACCCGUUUCCCCCCCUAUCUCGGCCCCUGUCUCGGCCCCCGUCUCUCCACCGACCACCGCCCCGCGUGUGAAGCUCACACCCGCUACGCCACCGGAGUUCCAGUUCGUGGUGGAACAUGACGACCCCCGGACUGCCCCGCGGAUCAUCAAGUCGUCGAAGCCGGCCAAGGUGAAACGUGGCAAGGGUGGCGGAGGAAGAAGUGGCGGCGGUGGCCGAAGUGGAGGCGGCGGCAGGAAGCGAGGCGCCCGACUAGGUAGGAGCGGUGGCGGCGAGAUUGUCAGCGGCCCCGUGGAGGAGGUGAUUCUGAACCUGGACAGCGAGCAGCCGACAGCCGCCCCGCCCCUGGUGAGAGGGGCGAGCUACGACAACAGUGCCUUAGCCAACGAUCACCCUGAGGACGCCGAGGUGUUUGAGGACGAGGAGAACGAGAACUCUACGAUGACGAGGACGAGGAGGAGGAUGGCAUUGUGAUCGAGGACGAAAAGACGGGCCUCAAGAGCCGCCUGGCCUCAAAGAAGACGCUCGGCAGCAAAGUGAAGGAUAAGCUAUUCCCCAACAGACACCUGCCCAAGGUGAAGAAGAUGGAUCGCGCCAAAAAGGUGGAGAAGUAU